GCGGGCUCCGCUCCCAGUAAGAGCGGACUGGGCGGACUGGGCGGACUGGGACGGGAGCGCGAGGGCUGCGCAGGCCGGGCCGGGGUCCUGCUGAGGAGGGGAGCAGCGGCAUCAACCGGCGGAGGUCCCUGCAGCAGCCGCAACCAUGAAUCUGCCCGUGGCCGGAGAGAAGCGGCCAGCUCUGGUCACCUGCACGGCGCCGGUCAACAUCGCGGUGGUCAAGUACUGGGGAAAACGUGACGAAAAGCUGAUCCUGCCUAUUAAUUCAUCCCUCAGCGUCACCCUGCACCAAGAUCAGCUGAAAACGACCACCACAGCCGCCCUCAGCCGGGACUUCACGGAGGACCGCCUCUGGCUGAACGGGGAGCCGGCUGAUAUCGAACACCCCCGUCUCCAGUCUUGCCUGCGGGAAAUCCGUCGUCUGGCUAGGAAGCGCCACGGCGAGAGAAGUGGGGGUGAUGAGGGCGACCCCCCUCCCCUGAACUACAAAGUCCACCUAGCCUCAGAGAACAAUUUCCCCACUGCGGCGGGCUUGGCCUCUUCUGCUGCUGGCUAUGCUUGCCUGGUCUACACCCUGGCCCAGCUCUAUGGCGUGGAGGGGGACCUUUCUGAAAUUGCUCGCCAGGGCUCUGGGAGCGCCUGCCGAAGUAUGUUUGGGGGCUUCGUGCAGUGGGUGAUGGGGGACGAUGCCGACGGCAAAGACAGCGUGGCCCAACAGGUGGCGCCAGAGACGCAUUGGCCAGAGCUGCGGAUCUUGAUCCUGGUGGUGAGUGCAGAGAAGAAGGUGGUGGGCAGCACGGCCGGAAUGCAGACCAGUGUAAAGACCAGCCUCCUGUUGAAGCACCGUGCCGAGGCUGUGGUUCCGGAGCGCAUGGCCCAGAUGGCCCACCACAUCCAGCAGAGGGAUUUUGAGGCCUUCGGUCAGCUCACCAUGAAGGACAGCAACCAGUUCCAUGCCACCUGCUUGGACACCUUCCCGCCCAUCUUCUACCUCAACGACACUUCCAAGCAAGUGAUAGCCCUGGUCCACCGCUUCAACGCCCACCACGGGAAAACCAAAGUGGCCUACACGUUCGAUGCUGGUCCUAAUGCUGUCCUUUUCCUGCUGGAUGAGACACUGGAGGAAUUUGUGGGGGUGGUUCAAAGCAGCUUCCCCCCCAAGAGUAACGGAGACCAGUUUCUUAAAGGUCUCCCCGUGAAGGCAGCGAAUCCCUCGGAGGAGCUGCUGGCGGAGGUGGUUCGGGAUCCUAUCCCAGGAGCUGUCCGGUACCUGCUGAUCACCAAGCCGGGCCCAGGACCAUCGGUUGUGGACGAUGGGAGCUGCCAUCUCCUGGGGGAAGACGGGAUGCCUCGAAGCAGCAGCUGAGCCAAGACCAGCUCUUCUCUGGGGCUGCCCCACAGCCAGCCAGUUGGAAGAGGAAGGUCUGGGCUGAUAUUUGCCUUUUGCUGUGCCCCAAAGGGAUAAUUUCAAGGGUCUUUUUCUGUCCUCAUCACCUGUUUCAUACUCUGCUCUUUGAUUUGGGCGCCUGGAGACUCGUGGCCCAUAAUUAUUUAUGUAAAUUAAUAAUCUUCCAUUUCUUUGAUACAGUUUUGUUAUUAAGACAGGUUUCUAAAAUAAAUGAGAUCUUAUGCGUGGCUCUCUCGGCUCAGCUGUGGGUGUCACAGUUUGGGGGGGUUCUCUGCCCAUUCUUUCUCCUUUUAUGUUCAGACUUUGGAAUUACAGGCUGUCUCUCACCCCCACCCCCCAAAAGUAAAACUCCUUGAGGGUGUUCACCAUUUUUGAACAGAUGUUCAAAAAUUUAAAGUUUGUAAAAUUGACUUACAACACAAAUGUUAUCAGAGAAAAGAUUGAUCAAACUCUUCAGAAAGCAACAUGGAAUGUUCCUUGAGUCUCUCCCUGCCCAAAUCCACCUGCAAAGCCCACCCUGUCUGGAACCCUCACCACAUUUCUGACAUCAAUACAAUCGAACAUGUCCAGAAAUAUUUUACAAGAAGAGUUCUCCAUUCCUCUGAAAACAACAAAAUACCUUAUCCCACCAGACUUGAAAUCCUAGGUUAGAAAAUUUAGAACUCCAUCACGUUCAACAAGACUUAAGUUUAACUCAUAGAAUCAUCUAUUGUAAUGUCCUUUCUGUUAAAGACUCCUUCAGCUUCAAUUGCAAUAAUACAAGAGCAACCAAUAGAUUUAAACUUAAUGUUAACUGCUUCAAUCUAGAUUGCAGAAAAUAUGACUUCUGUAACAGAAUUAUCAGUGCUUGGAACACAUUACCUGACUGUGGUCUCUUCUGAAAAUCCCAAAAGCUUUAACCAAAAACUUUCUACUAUUGACCUCACCCCAUUCCUAAGGGGACUUAAGGGGUGUGCAUAAGAGCACAAACGUGCCUAUUGUUCCCAUCCUAUUGUUUUUUCUUAUAUAUAUAUGCUUAUACUUCCUUAUAUUUCCUUAUAUAUAUAUGUUUAUAUACUAUAGAAUAGAAUUUUAUUGGCCAAGUGUGAUUGGACACACA